CCCUUUAUAGUUUAUUAGUUUAUGUUUUGUUCACACGGCUAGUGUGGUAGACAUUGUCUUCUUCCUCAAAUUAUUGCCAUCCAAAACUCUUUACGUCUCCUUCAGUCCCCGUUCAUUUUACUUUUCCUAUUUUGACCAAAAUGUUAGAUAAAGAAACCACUUUUUGAAACUAUGCCAACCCUUUAUAAAUUAAUGCAAGUAUAAUAGAAAAAAUGAUAUCUUUUUCCUCAUACCACUUUUCUUCACUUUGGAAUCUGUAGUAGAUCAAGUUGCCGACUGUUUGUUUGUUUACUACUUGUUUUGAUUCUGACUGAAUUUGAUCUGAUGUUGGUAUGGUAGAAGUAGUUAGUGAAGUUUCCGGUGACCCACAAACUUCGGGUCAACCAGCUGCUGGCUGUAUAAGUCCACAGAAUCAGCCUGUUUCAGUAUCACAGAUACAGACUACCGUUGAUACGAAACAUCCGAGUUCCGAGGUGGAUGAGAAGUUGAGACACACACCAAACACGAGAGCUUCUUCCGCAAUGGGGCAGCAUGACAGUGCUGAAUAUGUUACUAUUGGUGAAGUGCCAACUCCCCCGGCAGAUAACUUCAAGAAAGUCUCAGUUUUACCACUUAUUUUCCUGAUCUUCUAUGAGGUUUCUGGAGGUCCAUUCGGGGUGGAGGACAGUGUCCAAGCUGCUGGACCAUUUCUUGCUCUUCUCGGUUUUUUGGUGUUUCCAUUCAUCUGGAGCAUUCCGGAAGCAUUAAUUACUGCUGAGAUGGGCACUAUGUUUCCUGAAAAUGGUGGUUAUGUUGUUUGGGUUGCAUCUGCAUUAGGUCCCUAUUGGGGGUUUCAGCAAGGCUGGAUGAAAUGGCUGAGUGGGGUCAUUGAUAAUGCUUUAUAUCCUGUUUUGUUUCUUGACUAUUUAAAGUCUGCAAUCCCUGCAUUAGGAGGUGGCUGGCCAAGAAUCUUUGCCGUGCUAGCUUUGACGUUAGUGCUCACAUACAUGAACUAUAGGGGUUUAACAAUUGUAGGAUGGGUUGCUGUUCUUCUCGGGGUUUUCUCGAUCCUUCCUUUUGUGGUCAUGGGGUUUGUGUCGAUUCCAAAAUUAAAGCCUUCAAGAUGGCUUGUGGUAAACAUGCAUCAUGUGGAUUGGAAUUUAUAUUUGAACACGCUCUUUUGGAAUCUAAACUAUUGGGAUUCUAUAAGUACUUUAGCUGGAGAGGUAGAGAACCCAAAGAAAACUCUCCCAAAAGCAUUGUUUUACGCUUUGAUCUUAGUGGUUAUUGGGUAUUUCUUUCCGCUUUUAGUUGGCACGGGGGCUCUUCCCCUUGAUCGUGAGCUGUGGACUGAUGGUUAUUUCUCGGACAUAGCUAAAUUGCUGGGUGGAGUUUGGUUGAGAUGGUGGAUCCAAGCAGCUGCAGCGAUGUCAAAUAUGGGGAUGUUUGUGGCUGAGAUGAGUAGCGACUCUUUCCAACUUUUGGGAAUGGCUGAGCGUGGGAUGCUGCCCGAGUUCUUUAGCAAGAGGUCUCGCUAUGGAACUCCUCUAAUCGGGAUCUUAUUUUCGGCUUCAGGCGUUUUAUUGUUGUCAUGGUUGAGCUUUCAAGAGAUUGUAGCUGCAGAGAACUUCUUGUACUGUUUCGGGAUGAUUUUGGAGUUCAUAGCAUUCAUACGUUUAAGGAUGAAAUAUCCAGCUGCAUCACGACCUUACAAAAUACCCGUUGGAACAGUUGGGUCGAUUCUUAUGUGCAUUCCUCCAACCAUAUUGAUUUGUGUUGUCUUAGCUAUUUCUUCACUCAAAGUUGCAGUGAUUAGCCUUGUCGCCGUUGUAAUUGGGCUUGUAAUGCAGCCUGGUCUCAAGUACGUUGAGAAAAGAAGAUGGCUCAAGUUCUCUACUAGCGCAAACCUUCCCGACCUACACAACGAUUCCUCAUUAAGAUGACAUAUCGUGAUCAAAACUCAAAGGUAAAGUUCUUGGUCAAUUCGCGAGCCCAUAUACUCCAUUGAAAGGUGUUUUAGUUGCAUGGGGGCAACAACUAUUUACCAUCUUCGCAUUUAGAGUGAUGGUAGAUGGAAGAAUUAGAAGGAAACACCAAAUUGUUGCAUAUCUCAAGUCUUUUCAACUAUGAUUGGUUUCCUUGUUAACUUUAAGCCAGACCUAGUUUAUGCAAAAGCCUAAACAAGCAUGUUUUUAUUGCUGAAUUUGAUAUUGUCAGAAUUGGACCGAUUGAAUCGGAGAUCAGCUGUCACUGUUUCGAACCAAUCAAAAAUUUUAUUUUAUUUGAAAAUGAAAUUAUUUAUUUUGCAUUAA